GACGUAUGACGUUGUACUCACGUCUUGCGUCAACUCAAAAUCGAAGUAGAUUUCUCCAGGCGUACACUCUUUAUUUUUGGCAUUGCAAUAAACAUUUUGUACAUAAAUUCUUUAACAUGGCCUGUUUAAAACCACAGGAGAUUGCCGCUGUAAAGGGAUAUCCUUAGGAAUACCUCGUACGGGAUCGAAAUCUACGCUUCUCUCAGCUAAGCUAACGUUAUUGCAUAUAUUAGCAACAUUUGCUAGCUAAGAAGCUAGCGCUAGCACUUGGCGAUCCCUACCGUCGAGCUAGCUAUGCAGUAGCUAGCACUUUAGCCUAGCUCGCUAAGCAGUGACAACUGACACAGGAUUUGAUAAGAGUCCAAAAUGGUGACACCUGCUGGCGAAGCCCUUUGUACCGAGACGAUGGUCAAACAGUUCGUUAACCGAGUGAUUUACCGUUUUCGUUCUUGGGCACAGAUGAUGUGAUCCUGAACAUGCCACAGUGAAAAACAAAGCUUUUCCCAUCAUUGCCCCACUACGAUUGACACACUUAAAGCCACUUCAUCGGACAUCUUCCCAAUAAUCUACACGGCAUCCCCGUCUGCAGCUCCUUCUGCACCUGAAUCAUGUGAGGGCCCCUCGGUCCAGUCUGAGGGGAUCCCAGGACUGUUGCAAAUACGACCCCGCUGUGCGGGGUGAGACUGAGACCGUUUGUGUCUAAGAGAGCAGUCUUUCCCGUACUCCCCUCACCAUCCACACAUUCCUGUUCUCCUUACCAAGGAGACACGCCAUGAUGUUCCGAGACCAGGUAGGUAUCCUCACAGAUUGGUUCAAGGGCUGGAAUGAGUGUGAACAGACGGUGGCACUGUUGUCCCUCCUGAAGAGGGUGUCCCGCACCCAGGCUCGCUUCUUGCACAUCUGCCUUGAACACUGGCUGGCAGACUGCACAGAGAUCCACAUCCUAGAAGCUGAGGCCAACAAUGCAGCAAUUGUCAGCCAGUGGCAUCAGGAGCCGAAGGAAAAAGUUGUGUCCUUGCUGCUGUCCCACCUGCCUCUGCUGCAGCCACGCAACAGUGAGGCCAAAUGUGAGUACAUGAAGCUGCUGCAGAAGGUGUUGAGUCACACUAUUGAGAGUAGCCUGUUUGUGGAAGAAAGCAGGCAGCUGCUGUCCUACGCGCUCAUCCACCCUGCCACAACACUGGAUGACCGCACCUCUCUGGCCAUGUGGCUAAAUCACCUAGAGGAGCACCUAUCCAGUGGCUAUGCCCCCCGGCCCCCAUCUAGCCCCUACCACCCACGUCAGGGCUCAGAUGAAUGGCCCAGCUCUACUGAGGCUCUGGACCCUGGCCACGCUUGGCACGACCAGUCCCCCUCAUCCAGCACGUCUCCAGCAGGCCAGAACGGACACAUGCCUUUCCCAGGUGGGAUGUCCUCUCCCAUCAACAGCAAUAACACAGGUCUGGGUGGACAGAUGCAGCCCAGCCCUCUGAAGAAGUCCAUGUCCGUGAUUCCUUCCAGUCCCCAGGCUUGUGUCUCUGAGUGGGUUAGCCAUGAUGACAUAGGGGGCAGGCAGAACUUCAUUCUCACAGACCACGCUCCCCUUUCACCCCAAAGCAGCGUAGCCUCCUCAGGCAGUGAGCAGACAGAAGAACAAGGCUCCUAUCGCAACACCUUCCAGGAGGAUGGCAGUGGCAUGAGAGAUGUUCCUGCAUGGUUGAAGAGUCUCCGUCUUCAUAAAUAUGCAUCACUUUUUUCCCAGAUGACCUAUGAUGAGAUGAUGAUUCUCACAGAGCAUCACCUGGAGUCGCAGAACGUCACUAAAGGAGCACGGCAUAAGAUCGCCUUGAGUAUCCAGAAACUGCGAGAAAGGCAGAGUGUGCUCAAGUCUUUAGAAAAGGAUAUUUUGGAAGGGGGCAACCUGCGUAACGCCCUCCAGGAGCUGCAACAGAUCAUCCUCACACCCAUUAAAGCCAACAGCCUUCCCAGUGCAGCACAGAUUGCCCCUGAUACAGCCACCUCCCCGUCAGACGCCACACAAACAGGAGCAGACAAAGAGCCGGCCUCAGAGGGCUUCCAGUCCCACAACCCCCCUCCCUGUGAUGGAGACUCCUCAGCCACACCCAUCUCAGACGGCGACAUUGCUGGACAGUUCACCCGUGUCAUGGGUAAAGUGUGCACCCAGUUGCUGGUGUCAAGGCCAGAUGAGGAGAAUAUCAGCUGUUACCUUCAGCUUAUUGAGAAGUGUCUGACUCAUGAGGCCUUCACAGAAACUCACAAGAAAAGGCUGGUCUCCUGGAAGCAGCAGGUCCUCAAAUUGCUGCGCCUGUUCCCUCGGAAAGCUAUGCUGGACAUGCCUGUGUACCGACAGAAAGGCUGGACAUAUGGGUCCAACUCCCUCCCCACAGCAGGCUCUGUGAGUGGAGUUGUAGGGCGGCGGGGACAAAGGCCGUUCCAGAUGACUCCUCGUGGACUUCCAGCAGGACGCAUCGGUCUUCUGAGUCCCGGCGGGAUCGGGGGAGCGUCUCCACGCCACACACUCACUAAUCCUGCGCUGGCAGGCCAGGGAAGACAAAACCUGUGGUUUGCUAACCCUGGGGGCAGUAACAGCAUGCCAAGUCAGAGUCGCAGCUCUGUGCAGCGGACCCACUCACUCCCUGUUCACACCUCCCCGCAAACCAUGCUCAUGUUCCAGCAGCAAGAAUGCCAAGUUCCGGGUGCUGACCUGGAGAUCAACCCCACGCUGGAGUCACUGUGCCUCAGUAUGACAGAGCAUGCCUUAGGGGAUGGAACAGACCGAACAUCAACAAUAUGAAAAGAAGAAAGGAAAAAUACACUUCAGUUGAGGCCUGUUCAGUUCCUCAUCACCCAGCACAAAGAUAUACAUACGUAUGCUUAAGAAAACCAGGCAAAGCAGUCACUACAAAAUGACAAAAAAACUGUGUAUAUGUUCUCUAAUAUUUUUGUACUUUAUUAUAUACAACUAAGUUUAUUAAAAAUGGAAUACAGAUGAUUAUUAUAUUGCAGGCCAGAAAAUAGCAAACUGCUCCAUGUCACCUGCAGGACUGUGACAUGAUGUGCAGAGGCUCAGUUUGCUGUGGUCUGAGAGAAAACACAGAAAACCGGUGGAUUGGUGCUGUCUUAAAGGGGUUUGGCCCGAUGAGUUAUUCUUCUUUUCCUCCUGCCUUGGAGCAAGGCUUCUUUCCAGAACACACUGACAGCCACAGCCCCUGCACCACAUACAAUGUAGAUUCAGAAAAUGUCCAGCCAGAAGUGAGGCACUUUGACUAAAUUAUCUAUUAUACCAGCCACCAAACUGUAAUUGGCCCCAAGAUGCAGUCGCCAGUCCUUUUCCUAACCACCCUGAUUAUUCUAUAACCAGUGCUAGUAAAGGUUUGUGUUGGUUGAAACUAAGUCGGCUUUCCUUGGUUCUUUUUAUCCGCUCUGGAGGGCAUGUUUUGUGGUGAAAGAGAGGACCAAAAGAAUUUGGUGAAAGCUUGUAAUCCUACCAUAGACAUGCCCUUUUUUGUCUUGUUUUUUUCCCUGAACAGUCAAAGCAGAUGUGACUGUCCUCCUCUACAAAGCCAAAGAGAAGGGUUGUGCGGUGGUUUAUUUGAGAAGGAUAGUUGUAGUAAACUGCAACAGAAUGGUAUAAUGUUUUUUUUUUGUUUUUUUUUAAAGAACAACAGACCGAAUAAUUUAUGCCAGCUGCAAUGUGUCUGUUAUUUUAUGCCCUGCUACGUGAUGAUGAAUCUCAUUUUGUGCCGAGGAAUCCCAAGAGGGAUGAAUAAGGGUUGGUGUGGUAUGUACUGUGCAAGAGCUGAUUUGAUAUUGAAUUGAUCAAAGCGAGGAGAGUAGAAUGUUUUCAAUUUACUCACUAAUGCUCGGUGAGAAAACUAAAUGAAACAUCUCAACCCCCUGGCCUCCUGAUGAUUGGCUCUGGAAAAUGAAACUUGAUGUUGUAAUAAAUGCUCCGCUGUGCAGCGCCUCACCCUCUGGGUGCCCUCUUCCUCAAACGGCCAAAGUGAUGAUUUGAUGAUUCAUACUUUUCAAGGUGCUUGACAGUGUCCAUAUUUUCUGUUUGUGUCUCAAUGCGUUUCAGUCUCAGAACCCUAACAUUAUCAUGUGGUAUCAGUGUUGAAUCAAAAACUUGUCUUCUACGGCCUCUGUCUUUGAAUGUGGCAGAGCGGAGGUGCAUGUAUGUGUAAUAUGGUCUUAACUUUUUGGAUCACUUUUGGUUGCAUCAAGGCAGGGAUAACCAUUCACAUUUUAUUUCAGCAGAGCCAUAGGAGGUCUGUCAAGUAAAGAUGGUUAUUUACAGAUAUCUUUUCCAAUUUUAUUUUUUACUCUCCCUUGAUAUUGAUAACUUAUACUUAUUUUCUAUAAUUGCAUGUUUUGCCACACUAAUACAGCACUGUUGUAGAUAGAGGACAUGGUGGUUGAUGGUGAGCAGAGUCACCAACAGCUAGAGAGCAGAAAUCUUGCAACACAUGUUGUAUAUCUAUACCGCCUAAAUGUCACUGUUUACAUCUCUAUGGGAUAAUGCCCAAUUCAUGUUAUGUGAUGUCAUGAAUACUCCAUUGUCUCACUGUGUAACGCAUUAAAGAACUGUCGCCUUCUC